AUGUGCAAGUGGCCAGGACAACUACUAGUUGCGUGCCAGUGGUCUGCACAACCCCCAGUACAGUUGGGUGCUUGCGGUCGGCACAACCGCCAGGCAUGUGCUAGCGGCCAGCAUAGCUGCCAGCCGCGUGCUGGCAACCAGACAAUUGCCAGCCGCAUGCUGGCGACCAACACAGCUACCAGACAUGUGCAAGUGGCCAGGACAACUACUAGUUGCGUGCUGUGUUGGCCACUAGUCGCCAUUGACGUCGGGAAGAGGGAGAGAGGGGGAGGUGACGACUUAACAGAGAAUCGCUCGAGUCGAAGGAGAUUUGGGAAGAAAAAUGGUCGCGUGAAAAUCUCUAAUGGGUAUUACCGACAGAAUCGUGAUUCCGUCGGUAAUACAUUGACCUUACCGACGGAAUUGCAAUUUUGUCGGUACAAGAAGGUAGGAGAAGGAGAAACGAAGAAAGAACUAAAGAAAAUGGAGGUUACUAAGGAGAUGCAAGAGAAGAUCUUUAAUCGCUUCGAUGCCAAUGGCGAUGGCAAGAUCUCACUAAUGGAGCUCAGCGAUGCCUUGCGCACAAUGGGCUCCAUCACUGACGAGGAGGUGAAGCGCACAAUGGACGAGAUUGACAUCAAUGGUGAUGGAGACAUUGAUUUUAAUGAAUUUGCUUCCUUUUGCCGGGACAAUCAAAAUCUCAUGAUGAACGUCGUUAAGGCCUUUAAGUUAUGA